GGACAGAGACGAAAACGAGGACAGACACCAUGACGACCGAGUACCACGACGACGUUGAGGACGACAGCAGCUCGUUCUGGAACAAAGAGCCGCGGCCCGUCUCCUUCUCGGCGGUCUCCAGGGUCAGGCGCUGGCUGUACCCCGGUCUGGGCGCCGCCUUCGUCCUGAUUUUCAUCAUGGCGGUUGGAAUCACCAACACCAGCACGCUGAGUCGGCUCUGGUCCGUGGAGAAAGCGUUGUCCAAUCAGACGGAGUGGCUGAUGUCGGUCCAGCGGCUCGCUAAAGACGCAGCUAAAGACGCUCAGAGGCUCAAGUUCUCUGUGGAGAGCAACAAGGAGCAGCUGACCUCAGUGUCUGAAGGUCUGAAGCAGCUGUCCACCCUGGACACCAUCGGCAGGACGGUGGCCAAGCUGAAAUGUUCCCUGGAGCGCUUCAUGAACAACGGUUCUGUCUCCGUCUCUGACGGCUGCUGUCCUCUGGGCUGGGAGACCUUCGGGUCCAGCUGUUACCUGUUCAGCAGGUCGGCUCUCUCGUGGCACGAGGCCAGAGACUGGUGUAACGGACACGAGUCUCACCUGGUCAUCCUGAUGAGUGAUGAAGAAUGGGACUUUGUGACCCGUCUCUCUGCCGGGUCGUUCUACUGGGUCGGUCUGACGGACGAGAAGUCCGGGAGGUGGGAGUGGGUCAACCAGACGCCGUACGUCAUGAACCGCAGGCGAUGGAAACCCGGCCAGCCCGACAGUUGGACCGGUCACGGCCUGGGGCCUGGAGAUGAGGACUGCGCUCACAUUCACAACGACGGGCGGCUGAACGACCUGCACUGCUCCACCAGGCUGCGCUACAUCUGCCAGAGACACAGCCAGCGCAGCUGAGCCUGCUGCCCCCUGCUGGCCGAGCAGAGUGAGCUGGUCCUGAAUGCUCCUUUGUCCUUCAUCAGCGGGACACUUACGUCCCAGUUUGACCAGCUUCUCCCUCUUUCCAGUUGGUUCCUGUUCAUGUGUCAAAUAAAGACGUUUUAAUCCAGG